GCUUAUCGUUGCUUGCCGUCGGGAAUCGAAUGUUUCGUUAUGUAAUAAUAUAAUAACGACAAAAAAAACAAAACAAAUUAUCCUACAACGUAUUGUACUUUAUAGUUUAUUCCCAUCGUGAAGCAAAUUGACGUUUGGUUUGAAGUUUGAACCGUACGACAAUUACGUUGGACAAACGACAUAAUAAUAUUAAUUUAAAAUACAUUACACAACACCUCCUUAUCACGAAAUCCUAUUGGCCGCGGUCAGUGAUAAACGAUAAUGUUAUUAUUAUUAGCUGUUUUGGUUUUGUUGUGAAACGAUAGGAGCUGAUGGCGACCAAAGUGCUGCUAUGCCUUUUAACGAGUCAUGCAAGUGCGUUUGACCGUCUGAGUCGACAAUCGCUCGAUACACUUUGUUUGUUCCAUGUGUGGGACUCGACGACAAUGGUGUCCAUUGCGGCUGUACAGACACUAAAAAGAGCUGAUCAACUCAAAGAACAGAUUUGCGCGUCCAAGGACCUAAACAAUGCCGAAACCUUGGCCUAUCAACAACAGCUGAGGAAUGUCUACAAGCAAUUGUUGACGUUGGACCUGGAGUAUGCGUUGGACCAGAAAGUCGAACAGGACCUAUGGAACCACGGUUUCAAAAACAACAUAAAUAAACUACAGCAGCUCGCCAAAGACAAGAAGAAUGCAAAACGCAAUGAAUGGAACGCACUAUUCUUAUCUUGUCUCGAAUCAGCUUAUGGUUUUUACCUUAUGCUUUUACACAGCAUAUGCCUGACAUUCGAUUUGGAUUUACCAUUUCAUAAAAAACUAAAUGAUUUUUGUAAUGCGGAUGACAAAUUACUAAGUUCGACGUACCUAAGAAAACCUCAAAAAACCUCUUGUAAUUACAUAUGUCAAUAUUGUUUAGUGCAUUUAGGCGAUAUUGCUCGUUAUCGUAACCAGAAUAGACAGGCAGAAUCAUUUUAUAAGUAUGCUAUCCAAUUAAGUCCAAACAGCGGUCAGCCUUACAAUCAAUUGGCAUUGUUAGAAGCAUCCCGGGGAGACAGUUUAAGCACGGUUUUCUUUUACAUGAGAAGUAUAAAUGUCAGACAUCCUUUUUUAGCAGCCGUCAACAACCUAAAUGUUACUUUAAACAAGUUUAUCAACUCUAGUCAAGACUUGCUGUACAAAACCAAAAUUUCAAGUACUGAAUUUAUACAACUAUUUCUUGCAUUUCACGGAAUUUUGAUGUCUAACGAUAGUAUGAAACGCCAAGCUUGUGAAGGAUACAUUAAAAGUCUUGCUUUAUCAUUUACUCCUCUUAUUGCGACUGAAUCGUUUACGUCGUUUAAGCUUCAACAGAUGGUUGCUAUCAACAUGUUGGCUUUUAACUACAUUGGUAAAGAAACUCCAUCAAUGAAAGUUCAUUGUUAUCCUGUUGUCGAUUUAUUGGCUACCUUCUUAAAUGCAUUUUUACUUCCACUAUAUACUAUAAAAGAAGGACAAAACUUCUCGGACUACUACACAUUACCAGCAGUUAAACUUAUUUUGGAUUGGAUACGUAAUGAUAUAAGCGUUUUAAACUCUCCUGGAUUCAAAACACGUCUACAAAUUUGGCCAGGUCUCUGCAAACUUCUCAAUGGCUUAACAACAGAUUUAAAUCAUGAAAACUAUUCACAUGUACCAUUGCCAGAAGAUAGAUUACUUCAAGGUUUUGUGAUGUUAGAAUCGACACAUUCAAAACUCAUAUUCAACUCAGACGACGACCAUACAAAAGUGAACAUAAAUGCAUUGAGAGCUAGUCGUUUGAUAGAAUUUGGCGUUUGGUUUUCUUCCGCUUCGUAUUCAUUAAUUAAAGCAAUACCAAACGAAACUGGAAAAUGGAAUUUUAUUGUUCCAAAUAGUACGGCCGGAUCUCAUUCAAUUGAUCUUGCAGCUGAUUUAGAAACAUUGUCAUCUUAUCAACAACGUCUUUUGAUAAAUUCUAGUAUGUUGAUGUCACCUUCAUCGAUCGGUGACAAAAAAAGUGGUAUUUUAAAGUUUCAAUCAUCAAAUAACUCUGAUACCACCAAACCAGUACUGCGUAAUGAUGACUUAGAAUCGGUUAUAAAAAAAAAUCAAGAAGUAGAGGCUAAACAGGUCAAAUUUCGAUCUCCUUCGCCGAGUUCAUCAUCUAGUAGUGAAGCAAAAUGGUCCUUAGAAGAUCUUGAACAGACAUCGUCCGAGUUUGAGAAAGAUCAAAAUGCUAUCAAACCUACACCGAUUGGCUAUCAGUUGCCACAUCCUGGCAGUCACUUAAAAUCUAAUAUCAACCCUGUAAUGAAUGCUUUCAACCAAUUGCAUAUGAACAACUUUCCUUCGUCAUCGGACAACUCGUACAGGUUUAAUCAACCAUUACAAAAUUUUCCUGCGUGGCCUCAACCACCCGCCAACUGGAUUGACAAUAUUAAACAAACGCAAAACAAUCAACAAAAACUUCCAAUGUUUCCGUUUGUACAAAAUCAAGCUCCAAUAGGACAGUUUUCAAAUACCACAUGGUCAAAUGUCAAUUCUCCUCAAAUCUCUCACAAUCCUCAACUACAAAACAAUAUGAAUCAUUUUAAUAUAAGAGACGAUCAACAGCGCAAUUAUUACAGUAACACUAACAAUAGCAGUCCAUAUUAUUCACUGUUUAACCAACCUAACGUCAUGAUGCCUCGAAACAUGGACGCCAACCAAGAGGCAAACAAUAGAUCAUUCUCUACGUUUCAUCAACAGUCUUUAUGGUCGGGUCCAGGGCCUUCACCACUCGAACGUCUAUUGGAACAACAGCGUGGCCGCGGUGCUCCCGAAGGAGGUCUCUAAAUAUGUCGUAAACAUAAUCAAGUAUUUGACUUGACAAAAAGAUGUCUACAAGUUUAGUUAAGAAUGUCUGUCUUUGGAAUAGAAUAUAACGAAUAAAAUAAAACAGUUAUGAAUUUAUCAUCACAGAAACCAUCAAAUAAACGUUCGACCGGAUUGAACAUCGAACCUAGUAAGAGCAUUACCUACCCCAGCUUAUUCUGUGCAACAGCAUUAUUUAUCUAAUAAAAUAUUAUCAUAACAUUGAUUUAUCGAUAAAAAUAAAUUAAUAAUCAAAAUGAAAUGUAUUUUUUAUAUGUAAACAAUUUGUAUUGUUUUUGAUGCAAAAUUACAUCAUAAUCUUACAUUUUUUUGUUUUUUUUUUUCAUGAUUCAUACAUAUUGUUUUUUACUACGCAGAAAUAGAUAAAUUAAUAAAAUAUUUACGGAUAAUAAGUUUUUUCUCGAAAUUAAACAAUAAUAGUUUUAAAAU